AUGUCUUGGGAGCUAUUGGCUUGGACUAUCGAUCUGUUCAUCAAUCUCAGGGGAAUAGGCUGGAACUAUCAGCCGCCAAUGAGCACGAGCAAAGAACGACUUUCAGGUCGCUCUUAUCCACCUAGUCUUGUGAACUUGAUUAUGCGUUUCGUUGGACAAGUCGGUUGGGUUAUCUUCUGUCAGCUCAACAUAUUCCCUCUCAUCAAGACUCAGUUGGCGGAAAAUACUGGCAGCAAUUGUAACUUUGCUGUUGGCUUACUCUCCCUUCUGAUAUCCUUGAUUACUAUUGUCGUCAACAUCGAUCUACUCAACACGACAUCUACAUUGAUCGUAACAGCGUUUGAUACAUCGCGCUUUCUUGGGCUAUAUGCCUUUUCAUGGGCUCAUCCAAGCCCCUGGGGCUCGCUGAAUGUAGUAGCUAGGAAGGUAAUUCUCGGUAAUUUUCCUAGACCAACACAAAUAUCGUCGUAA